AUGAACAUUAACUCAAUAGGCACUGCUGAUCUUUUUAAUUUUUUGGAAUCCAAUAAACUUGGGGAGGUAGAAGAAAUAAAAAAAGUAUUCCACGAACUUUUUUUAUGUACAAAAGACAAUUGGUUGGUAAAUGGUCUUUUUGACUAUUAUCUGUCUACAAAUUCCUUGAGAGCUGUUGAGGUAUUAGCUGGUGUUCGUGAUCCACAUGACAAGCAUCUAUUGGAUCGUUUAUCAGAAGCUCUUUCUAAAUCUGGAAGUAGUGGCCAAAGAAUUCAAACCCUUACUUUGUUAGGUCAUAUUGCUCGUCGUCAACCCACUUGGUUAUACAAGCUUGCCAGUCAUACUUUGUUUCGUGAUUUACUUAAGUUACUUAAGAUGGAAGCAGAUACAUUAUCCCUUAUGAGUGCACUUCUUCUGUUGGUAAUGUUAUUGCCAAUGUUACCUGCUGCUUUAGGACCAUACCUUUCAGAAAUUUUUGAGGUAUUUGGUCGAUUGGCCUCUUAUUAUUAUCAUCAAUCAUCAUCUGUAUUUUCUUCUCCUAUGCAUUUUACUUCUACAACAAUAACAGGGACUAUAGAUAAAAAUCAUUUAUAUUUAUUACAUCUGCAAGUGGGACUGUAUAGUUUAUUUCACAGAUUAUAUGCCAUGUAUCCUUGUAACUUCAUUUCAUAUUUGAAACAACAAUACAUUCAACGAGAUCAAUUGGCUACUUUUACACAUACAAUUAGACCAAUGUUGGAUUCAGUGCGUAUGCACCCUUUACUCGUUACUGCAUCCAAAGAUACAGAGAUUUCUGCUGCUAGAUGGAAAAAAAUGGAACAUCAUGAUGUUAUGGCAGAAUGCGGUCGUUUUACGCUAGAUAAAUGUCGGGAGGAAGUAUUUAGAACUACGAAUUCACGUUCUACGCCACCUUUAGAUUACUCUUCUAUGUGUACUCCAAUAAACAUUAGUGGAGGAAUAGCGCCAUCAGAAAUUAGUAAUGGUGAAGACCAUACGUUUUGGUCGCCAAGUAUGUCUGUGCCGCCACAUAGUCCCCAGUUUCCAGCUACAUCCCAUGAACAACGAUCUGCUCCUUCAACACCAAAUAACAACAGAAGCGGUACAUCUCCCCCUGAAGCUGCAGUUGAAGCCACUCCCGAAACAACUCCUGUUAAGGAUUUGCGAAAAUUGUCAGUGAGGCAAGUACCUACGGGAUCUGCUGCAGUUCGUGCUUUAACUGCAUUUGGUAAUGGUACGUUAGGACCAAGUUCACGACCAUCUACGCCAAUUCCCUUAAAUCCGUCUGUAUCUGGCUCUAUGAUUGGAAGUGGGGAUGGAAACAAUGCACAUGGAUUUCUGUCGCACAAGCUAAGUAAAAUUAUCGCAGAGAGACAAGUUGUCAGUCAACCCAAGUCAUCCGUUAACGUCGAUGAAGAUGGAAGAUUAUCAGAAAUGGACACAAAUCAAAAUGGGAAAAACGAUUCCUGGCAAGAAGAUCAAGAGGUUUUAGAAAUCGUAAGCUUACAGACUGUUGGAAAACUCGAAAGUUCGAAGCAUAUUGAACAACAGGAACACCAUAAUGAAAAAAUACAAAAUGCUUUUGCAGAUUUGUCUCAAAGGGUUUAUCAAUUACGUUUGUAUUCUCAGAGUAAAAUUUCGGCACAACAUUUGAAUUUCAGUUCUUUUUACAAAAUUCGAAAAAGUAAAUCUUGUCCUGAUAUUAAAAUUCAAAAACAAAUUGGUAAUGAUAAAAUAUUGGAAGAGACGGGAACACAAACAUUUGAUUUUCUUCCAUAUGAAUAUUUAUUGUUGGGAAUUUUGGAUCAAAAAAUUCAAAUGAAAAUACAAAAACGUACUCAACAAGAUACCGAAUUUAGAUUGUCGCCAACUGCAAUGCUUGAUCGAUACGUCGAAGCUUGUACGCGUGCCAGCAAUUGCUCUGGUGACAAAAUGAGGACUAACACGAUUAAGCAGAAGCAAAGAAAAGAAAACGAUGGGGAAGAUGAAGUAGGAGAAGAAGAUACUUUAGAUAUUGAAUGUGCAAGUCAAUUGUUACAGCUAAUGCAAAUGCAACUGCAAUUCGAACGACAGCGUAGAGAAGUUCACGCUGAACGUAAUCGAAGGCUUCUCGGUAAACUAAGGGAUUCGCGAGCCUUAGAAGAACACAAUUAUGCUUUGACGGAUCGGUUGAAAAUAAUGGAAAAAGAAGUAGAGGGCUUAAAGGCUGAAUUAGAGCGUAAGAAGAGAGAAACUUGUCAAGCUGAAGACAAAUACAAGGAAGCAUUGCAUCAUUGGCAAACUAAGUGUGUAGAAGAACAACGAUACAAUCAAGCGUUGAAGGAUCGUCUCGAAUCUGUUGAACUUGAAUUGAAGAAUGAACAAAAGAAAGUAACGGAUUGUGAGCAACGAAUUCGUUCAACAGAGGCUUCAUUGUUCGACGCGGGUCAUCAGCUAAGAGUAGCCUUAAAAGCUGCAAAUCGUAGUAAAGAACUAGAACGUACUCUUGAUACUGUACAGAAGAAAUUCCUUCUAUUCGGAGAGGCACAUGAGAAAUUGCAAGAAAGUACAGGUGGUCUUUCACCAAUGACAAAACAAGAAGUAACACAAGUACAGAAGUCAUAUGCAGAAGAAUUAACUAGUUUACGACGCCAAUUGGAAUCGCGGACAUCUCUUGUAGAAGCCUUGAAAAUACGUCUGAGUGAACUAGAAAAUAAGGAUGCACGAAAAGAAGCGCAACUCGUAGAAUUACAACGCCUCUUACAAGAAACGAAAGAUCAGCACGAAGCUGAAUUAGAAGCUGUUGAGUCAAAAUAUAAAGCGCAAGCCGAGAUCAAUCUUCUUCUUGAAGGUCGUAUACUUGAACUUCACGGUACUUUAGAAGCAGCAACUUGCAGUAAUACUACUGUGAACAAUCUAGCUUCUUCGGCAUCGCCCAAAGAAAGAUCACCUCCACUGUCAGCUAGUUUAGCUUCUUCCAGUGAGGGAAGCCUUGCCUUUAUUCAUUCAAGUACUGGAAUUAUAAUGAAUGACUGCUGUGAUACCGCAGGUGAAAUUCCUAAUCUCCAAGCUAUCGUCGAACCUGUGCCAAGCCAGGCAACUUCACCAUCUCGUCAACAUCAACAAAGACGAAAUCCGAAACAAGACUAACGCUACGCAAA